GCUCGACCACGUGACAAUCCACCCGUCUGGAAAGUUGGUUUUGGCGCGAAUCGUAUCGGGCUCGGGUCUGUUAAAAAGUGAGGAGACUCCUGUCUUCUGGACACUUCCCUGCCUACCCGUCAUCUCAAGCAGACUUCUGCCUCAUCCUACUUCAUCUCUCGGUGAGAACAGCUUGAAUCCAACAGCACAAUGGAACAGCAACAGCAGCAACAAGGCGAGGAGCAGGCUACCACAUGGGCGGAUCUUGUCGGAAAGGUGGAGAAAGUUCUGGAAGGCAGCCCAGUGACCCGGGACUUCCGGCCCUUCCGUGUCCGCGUGGAGGUGGACGCUUCCGGGAAGGUCGUCACCGCACCCAGGACGGGAUGAUGACGUCAUGCACAACGUCCAGGGAGAGGGGGGCAGGGGGGUAGGGGAGACUGGGAACUCAGGGAAGGUUGGGGUACUGGUGGUUUCAGAAGCAUCUUGAGAGUCUAGAAUGAAUCGAGUUGGUUGAGAAAUCGAGAAAGUACAUGUGUUUCCAAAGAGUCGUGUAAAAACAAAAUAUUCCAGACUUUCGUAUUCGUGGACAUUACCUCUUGUGCUGUGCCGAAGUUUGUGUUGGCUGUUAGCUGGCGCAAGCUACGAUGAAACUAUUAAAUCAAAAAGAUAAUCUCAAUCUUCCGGCUGCAUCUGUUGUAUUUUGGGAUUACUCAAUAUCUUUGGGUUAAUAGCGAGUCAUGAAUCUCAUUGUUUGCUUUGCGUAAAAUCAUACGUUGGAUUUGAACAGCGGUCAUCAGAUAACAUCCGUAUACAAAAAAAAAAAAAGAUGAAGAACAGAAUAAUAAAUGCCAGUGUAGAAUAACAACAACAAUUUCAAGGACAGAAUGACCUGAAUGAAGUGUGAGAUCUUUUAAUAAAUUGUUAUGAUGUACGCCGAUGUAGGUAGAUCUACUAAGCACAGCAUAAAGUUUGUCUGUUUUAAGAGGAAUAUAGUCGAGUUCUGUUCUGGGGACAUCAAUAAUACACACUAAAUUUCUUCUACUGAUUGUUCAUGACAUUACAACAUGUUUCUGUUGUUUUA